AUGAUAAAAUGUCUUUGUGCCAAUAGUAGUUUUACAUUUAUUUAUAUAGUAAUUUUUUUAUUUAUAAAUAUAAAUAAUAUAUAUGGUGUACCAAGUGAUUUAGCAUGUUCUAUUAACUUAUGCAGCAAAAUAGGGGAGCCAUGUACAUAUGACCCAUCAUCCAAUAGUGGUUUAGAAUGUUAUGUAGAGGAUUUUUGUUUUAAUAAUACAUGUGUUGAAGGCAUUAUAGAAUAUGGUAGAUGUACAACGAGCAGAGAUUGCAAUAUAGGAUAUUCAUGUGUACCAUCCCAUUUAAAUAAAGACAGAUGUUUAGAUGGAAGAUGUGUUAUGGGAAUAGGCGAAAAUGAAAACUGUAAUAAAAGUGUGGAUUGCCAAUUUGGACUUUCCUGUGUUCCUAAUGAUGAAGGUGUGAUGAAUUGCGUUAAGGCAUUUUAUAUAGAUUACGGAAAUAGCUGUAAUAUAACAAUACAAUGUUCACAUAGUUUAGAGUGUAUUGAUAACAAAUGCUCCACACCAUUAAUAGGGUGUUUUACAGAUUUGCAAUGCGCAGAAAACGAAAUAUGUGUUAAUGGAACAUGCCAGGUUUAUAUAUUAAAAGAAAACGAAUGCUUUAUUUUCAAAUCGCUUUCAUGUAAGCAUCAAUUUAAAACAUGCGUUUUAAAAUCAUUUAAUAUAUCAUCAAUAGGUAUAUGUGUUGAAGAUGUAAUAGUAGGUUCUCCUUGUAUAACUUCAAAAUUUUCGUGUGAUUGGGGUUUGGGUCAAUAUUGCAAACCUCUUUCAUUAGGUUCUUCUGUAGGAAAUUGUACACUAAGCGGGGAAAACAAAUUCAAUAUUUGUACUUCUAAAAAUGAUUGCGCUUAUAAUGAAUAUUGCAAAUGCGAUCCAAAUAGUGGUGUUGGGUACUGUGUUCUUAGAGGGACAUUUAUUGGACGAUAUUGUAGAGAAGCUACUAGAGUUUAUCUGCAAUGUUUUCUAAAAUCAAACUGCACCCAACCAUUUACAGCCAAUCCAUAUUCUUGUGUCAGAAUAAAUUGCCGAGAAGAGGCCCAAUGCUAUUUGACACUGUGUUCAGAGAAACUGUUGCCUUUUACUCCUUGCACGCAAGCGAAAUGUAACAUACCGUUCUUUGUAGAAGAAAAAGUUCCUGGUCUAACUAUAAUUUCAGUUUCAUCAGAAAACUUUAAAAUCCCAAAAAAUAGUUUUAUAUUUUAUAUUAUUUAUAUCAUAUACAUUAUAUUGUUUUAA